CUAAGGCAAACUAUAAGCCGCGAACAGUUCACGUUUAUCGUUGCAGUAGUAGCGCUAAAUCAGCUCAAAUCAAGUAUCAAAGAAUAAUUUCGACCGUUACAUAACUCGCAAUAUCACUACUGACGUGCUGACCAUUUGUACAACAGAAUGUGCCAAAAAAACAAUCUCCGCGAUGCGGAAAAUGGCUGCGGUGAGCCCAAAUUGUCGAAUGAUCUGCCGCCGAAGAAAAAAACCAUAUACAUGGAAGAAGCGAUUACGAAAACCAAGUUUGGGCUUUUCAAUUAUUACAUAAUAUUUGUGAGCGGCAUUAUUUUGUAUGCGGUUGGGCUGGAAACAUGUGCCAUUCUGUAUGUGAUUCCGGUUUCCACGUGUGACUUGAGCUUAACCACAAAUCAAAAGGGAAUUUUGGGAGCUGCUACAUUCGCUGGUAUAAUUUGUUCCUCUCAUCUAUGGGGCUUUUUGGCGGAUACCAAAGGCCGUCGCCGCGUCAUUCUACCUUCGUUAAUGGCAGCGGUUGCCAUGUCUGUCGUUUGCUCAUUCAUACAAAACUUCUAUAUUUUCACUGCGCUUCGCUUUCUCAAUGGAUUUUUCAUGUCUUGCGCUUCCGGCACGAUUUAUGCCUAUUUGGGUGAAUUUCAUAAUAAUAUUCAUAGGAGCCGGGCGAUUAUGGGGGCUGCUAUAAUUUACGGUAUAUCAUGCAUGAUGAUACCAAUUACGGCUUGGUUUUUCAUUAAUCAAGAUUGGCAAUUCCAAGUUCCUUACAUUGGUCUCACUUAUAAGCCAUGGCGUUUGUUCGUUGUUGCGUGCGCUAUACCCGGAUUUAUAUCGGUUUUGGCUUUAACUUUACUGCCAGAAUCACCGAAAUUUCUUCUCAGUCAGGGAAACAAAGAAGCAGCAUAUCAAAUCUUACAAAAAAUGAAUCGAUGGAAUAAUGGUGAAAAGUGUGAGCUUGAGCUGUUCGAAAUUCGCGAGGAGACUGAUUCAAUUGAAAAAAGGCAACGCUAUUUGGACAACAAGAACAGUCGAUUCCCGUUGCUGAAAUCGGUUUGGGACCAAACGGCACCACUUUUCAAACCUCCAUAUUUAAAGUCGACCAUUUUGAUUUGUACCAUUCAGUUUGGUAUUUAUUCAACGAGCACCGGAUUUUUCAUGUUUUUUGCUGAAGUUUUGAACAAAAUGUCAGCAAACUUGGACAAUUUUUAUGACCAAAGAAUAUCCAUGUGUGAUGCAAUCAAUAUGAAACCAGUAAAUAUGAGUGCCAUCGAAUAUGAUGUGGUUAAUGAUGAAGUUUGCAUUGAAAAACUCGAACUGUCAACACUAGAAAAUGGUAUCGUUUUAGAAAUUGCUUUUGGAUUGGGCCAUAUUUUGGUGGGCUUACUCAUCAAUAAAGUCGGGAAAUUUCCAAUCAUAUUCUUUAUUUUAUGUACAACUGGCUUGAGCGGAAUUGGUUGCAUGUUAACUGAUAUUCCCGCACUCCAAAUAUCUCUCUUCCUCUCACUUUUAUCCUCUGGUGUAGCCGCCAAUGUCGUGAGCUCGGCUACUGUUGAAUUGUAUCCAACGACGUUGAGAGCGAUGGCCCUGUGUAUCUCAUUGAUGUUUGCUCGGUUCGGUGGUGUUGCUGGCUCGAAUACAGCAGCUUUUCUAUUGGAUAAUCAUUGUGAAGCUGCGUUUUAUUUGUCUGGUUCGGUUGUGACAGCAAUGGGGCUACUGGCAUUCUUCAUUCCGAAUAUUCACAAGAAAGUAUCGAAUGCUGCCAUAGAAGAAACUAGGAACGAUCCACGCUUAAGCCUCGUAUCAUUCAGAGGAUCUGUGAAAAGUUUCUAAUCACUUCGACUGAAUAGAUGAAAGGAAAAAGAGAAAUCGAACUGACUGAAACAAGGCUGAAUAACAGUAAAAAAAAAAAUAAGCUAAGUCAUACGCAGCAAUUAUGUAUGAGUAAAGUUGUGAACAAAAACUGUGUCUCAGAAUCUGAUGACUGUUGCAAAUCCCUACUUUGAAUCUAUUUAUUAUUUUUUAAUAUUUCGUAAUAAAUUCCAAUUGACAAAAUAUGAAA